CUGGAUCCCGUUUUUCCGCUCUCUCUCUUCUGGAUCCAGUUUUUCCGCUCGCUCUCGCCGCUCUCUGCACCUCCAAUCAUCGGUCGCGCACCUGCAGGUUUUCCAAUUUGAUGCUAUCAAGAGAGGUAAAGAAUGGCUGCAGUAAAUAUGGUGAGCGCUAACGUGAGACAUAUCCGCCCUCCAAUCAUCUCUUUCAAGCCAAGCAUGUGGGCCGGCGUUUUCUCCACAUUUUCUUACGACCAUCAGGUGCAGGAUAAGUAUACCAAGGAAAUGGAAGCAUUGAAGAAAGAAAUUGGAAGCAUGUUGAUGGCUGCAGAGUCUACCAAAUUGAUGGUAUUGAUCGACAAAAUUGAGCGUUUGGGAGUCGCAUACCAUUUCGAGAAAGAAAUUGAAGAGAAGCUCAAACAAGUUUAUGACUCUUCUGAGGAGGAAAAAGAGGCCGACUUGUUCACUACUGCGCUUCGAUUUCGCUUACUUAGACAACAUCAGUAUCAUGUUUCUUGCCGUGUUUUCAACAAAUUUGCUGAGAAAGACUGCAAAUGGAAAUCAGAAAGGCUUAGCAGCGACAUGGAAGGCAUGCUAAGUUUGUACGAGGCAGCUCAUGUGCGUAUCCACGAUGAAAAAAUAUUAGACGAAGCUGCGAAAUUCACGGUUGAUGAGCUGAAUAAAAUGUUACCAACACUAGAGUCUCCGAGUAAAGAGAAAGUGGAGCAAGCGUUGAAGCACUCCGUUCACAGGAGUCCUCUUGUUUUAACUAUCCGGUUUUACAUUUCCAUUUACGAAGGAGAAGCAGGAGCGGCAGAUGGAUCACUUCUCAAGCUAGCCAAAUUAAAUUUCAAUUUCUUGCAGAACAUCUACAGGAAAGAACUGGCUGAAUUAACCAGGUGGUGGGAUAAAUUUGACUUAAAGACCAAAUUGCCAUAUGCAAGAGACAGAAUUGUAGAGUGUUAUCUUUGGGGCAAUGCGUUCCGCUACGAACCUCAAUACUCUUACAUUCGAGUAGUUGUCGCCAUAAACUUGCAACUUGCCUCAAUUAUAGAUGACACCAUCGAUAAUUAUGCUACACUCGAAGAAGCUGAUCUUUUCACCCUAAUUUUGGACAGGUGGAAUUCGGAUGAGAUUGAUGUGCUCCCUGAUUUCAUGAAAGUUGUUUAUAGAUUCAUUAUGAGUAUAUAUGAAGAUUUUGUACUGGAAGCAGAAAAGCAAGGAAAAUCCUUCGUUGUUCCUUACUACAGAAAAGCAGUUAAAGAGCAAGUGAGGGCUUAUAACCAAGAGCAGAAGUGGAUAAUGGAACAAAUGCCAGGUUUUGAAGAGUAUAUGAGUAAUGCAUUGAUUACGAGUUGUACGUAUUUGGUAUUCAUCGCUCUUGUCCCUGGCGCCACGGUAUCUGUUGAUGAAAAAACAGUUCAAUGGCUGCUCAGUGAGCCCAAAGUCGUAAUCUCUGCUGCUAAUGUGGGCCGAAUCAAUGAUGACUUAGGCAGUCAUGAACGCGAGAAUAGGGAUGGAGCACUGCCUACGGCGGUGGAUUGCUACAUGAAAGACAAGGGUGUAUCGAAGCAAGAGGCAAUUUGUGAGUUCGUGGAAAUUGUUGAAAAUGCAUGGAAGGAUGUAACUGCGGAUUGGGCUAAGGGAAGCAGCUCGGUGCCUAAGGAGAUGGUGGAGAUGCUCCUUAACUACGGUCGCAUAGCUGAGAUCACUUACCAUAACAAAGAAGAUGGCUACACCAACCCUGAAAAAUAUUUAGGGCCAUUGAUUGCAUCCCUUUUUGUGGAUCCUCUCCACAUUUGAUUAUUGCAAUCUCACAUCCAUCUAGGUUUAAUGAAAGGCAUUUGAGUUAAAGAGUUUUUAAAACUCCAUGCCAUCUUUUAUGGUGUCUUAAGUCAUGUUAAUUAAGUCUGAGUAUUUUAUACGCUCAUUUCCGGUUCUUCUUUGUCGAUUCUUUCCCUGAUCGAAGGAAGAGUAUCGAACCGCAUAUGGUCUACAUAUUUAAUAAUAUAAAUAUACUCUUGUUGU